UGUGUGGCCAAAAAUGGUGAUCCGACACAAGAAGCAACCUUUCUUUCUUCACCUCUUCAAAAUGCCAACUACUCCUUGUUAAAAGCUCCCCAUUUUCUUCUUUCUCAUUCUGAAACCCACACAAAAUGACGGCUCUCUUACUUCACCACCCAUUAGUCUUCUACAAUAAAUCAUUACCCAAGAGUCCUUCAAUCACUAGCAUCCCAAAAUCAACACCACCACUUGGCAAAAAACCAACAAGAAAAUGGGCACUCAAUUGUGCUGCAACAGCAGGAAAAGAAGAAGACGGUGGUGUGCUUGUUGGUGAAGAGAGAGGGAGGGUUGACGUGGUGGAUUAUGAUUGGACAGAAGAAUGGUAUCCUUUAUAUCUAACUAAAAAUAUACCUGAAGAUGCUCCUUUGGGUUUGACUGUCUUUGAUAAACAAGUUGUUUUGUAUAUUGAUGGUAAUGGUGACCUCCAUUGUUACGAAGAUCGAUGCCCUCACAGGUUAGCGAAACUUUCCGAGGGACAGUUGGUUGAUGGAAGACUAGAAUGUUUGUACCAUGGUUGGCAGUUUGAAGGCGACGGAAAAUGCGUUAAGAUUCCUCAGCUUCCUGCAAAUGCGAAAAUUCCUCGUUCUGCUUGCACCAAAACAUACGAGGUAAAGGACUCCCAAGGUGUCGUAUGGAUAUGGAUGUCACACAAAACCCCACCAAACCCUAGCAAAAUUCCAUGGUUUGAGAACUUUGCCCGUCCCGGUUUCAAAGAUUUUUCAACCACACACGAGCUUCCUUAUGAUCAUUCCAUUCUUCUUGAGAACCUAAUGGACCCCGCCCACGUCCCUAUUUCACAUGAUAGAACCGACUGGAGUGCCAAACGUGAAGACGCGCAGCCAUUAGCUUUCAAAAUCAAAGAAAGAACUGAUCGUGGGUUCAGCGGCUGGUGGGGCCGGGAAGCUGAUAAUUCCACACCAAAUUUUUUAAAGUUUGAGGCUCCGUGUAAUCUUCAAAACAAUCGUGAGAUUGUGGAUAAAGAUGGGGUGACAAAUUAUUUCUCUGGCCUAUUCUUAUGCAGACCAACGGGUCAAGGAAAGUCAAUGCUUAUUGUUAGAUUUGGAAGCACAAAGAGAUCACCACUAGCAAACUUAUUUCCUGAAUGGUAUUUCCAUCAAAACGCAGGAAAAGUGUUCGAACAAGAUAUGGGAUUUUUAUCUUCUCAAAACGAGAUCUUAAUGAAAGAAAAAGUACCCACUAAAGAACUUUAUAUAAACUUAAGAUCUUCAGAUACAUGGGUAGCCGAGUAUAGAAAAUGGAUGGAUAAAGUCGGGCAUGGGAUGCCAUAUCAUUUUGGGCACAGUACUAUUUCAAUGCCAACAGAGGCAGCAGUUGUGGAACAUGCUCCUGCUGGUUUUGUUGCUAGUAUUGCAGCUUCUUCGCCUGCAAAGGGAGGUAUUGGCAUAAAAUAUGCACCAAAUCUUGCCAAUAGGUAUUUUAGGCACGUAGUUCAUUGUAAAGGAUGCAGAAGUGUUGUAAAAUCGUUUGAGGCAUGGAAGAAUGGUCUGUCUGUGGUAGCUGCAGUAUCAGUGACUUUUGCAAUCUUGUUAAACGGGAGGCAGUGGAAGGCGCUUUUGUUGUUGGCAACAGCGGUGUGCAUGGGUGGGGCCUACAUGUGCUCGACGGUUGUUGCAAUGAACACAACCAAUUUCAUAAGAACUCAUAGGAGAUUAUAGAAAGAAGAAUAUAUUUUGCUCAAUUUUGUGGAUGGAAUCAUUGCUUGAAACUCCUGUCCUGGAUUUGCUAAAUGUACCAAAAUUAUCAUACUUGUAAUGCAAUAUGUACAUACAAGAUUUUAGGGUAGCUAUAUAUAAUGAUCGAUCAUGGUUGAA